CGGACGUGCGAUUCCUAAUACGCGAAGCAGUGUAUGAUGGUGAAUUAUUUAGAGAGAUAAGUAGUUAUGAUUCAAUACACACAUCAGACUUAGGGGACUGUAUGAGAUACCUUCAAAAAGUGGAACAGUUAGUUGGAUCAAACCUGACAGAGUACCAAACAGUAAGUUUACAGAGACACGCGGCUACUACCUUUCAGUGCAUUGCCUUUAUAUUACAUAACAAGCACGCUAAUAGAUGCGUCAACAAGCAGGUGUACAUUGUUUUAAAAAUGUGCAUUUACAUGUUAAAAUUCGCUGCUAGUUUUGGUUGUAUUUCUGACAUGUUGUACAUUGCAGUGUAUUAUUACAAGACACUCAGAUACAGGGAAGCGUUAUCUGUAAUAGAGACGACAAAGAUUAAGUUAGCACAACCAUUUCUGAUAGUUAGAGAGAACGUUGAUUCGGAGAGGUAUACUGAGGCUGUAGGGGGCCAGUCUUUGUCUACAAAGAUGAGACAUGCUGUAGCAAUGGAUAUUAGAUUAAACACUGAAAUCUGCUAUAUUAACGAAUUAAUGCCAGAACAACAAUCCAGUAGAAAAAGCCUAUUAAACAGAAUGUAUAUCCCAUCCGUCAUACUGUCGCAAAUGUUGGAGAUUUUGUGCUGUAAAUAUAUUGACCCUUUGAGAGCACAGAGGGCUUUAGACGAACUGCAGUUCUUAGUUCGCAAUGAUCCUGGAAAAUUCAUAGGUGUAUCAUAUGGAGACAUCUCCUGGGAAAUCCUGGGGAUUUGUCAACAGAUAUUAUUGAAACCUCGGGCUGCCUUAUAUUCAUACCAACAGUCACUCGGGCAAAGACUACAGAACAACAUACAAAGUGCUACUAGACAGAGAAUAAACGACCUAGCGAGGUUGGCUCAAUAAAGCUGAUAUGCAAUUAUAUUAACAUUUACUUUCUUUCCCCCUAUCAAAUUGACUUGAUUGCUUUGAGUGAUAUUUACGCAAAACACAGAAGACCCAAUCACCAAAUCUGGUGCGUAUGAAUACAGUUUUCCUUUAGUAUUUCUCAAAGAACAUGACUGACUCUCCUCGCGACUUCAAGCCAGAGCACGACCUGAUAUUAUACUUACGCUGAUAAAUAUUUCUUGAUGUAAACAUAUUUUAACAGUAAAAUGAAUUCAAUUGAUUAAUUUCUUGUAUACCAAAAGUAAAUUCAUCAAAUUACAGAAUGAAAAAUAAAAUUCUCUUAUAAGUUAUCAAAUCUCUGUGCACUAUUUUUGUCAGCAUGAUUCGGCUGAUCCAAUGGCUCUUCCAUUAAUUGCACAUUACUCGUUGAAUAAGGCAGAGAUUUUUUAAAAAUAAAUCAUGUUUUCGGGAAGAGAAUAAAUGUUAAAAAACGUAAAUAUAAGCAUUGAAUAAUU